AUGGCCACCCCAUCGUCCUCCGCGACAACUCCCUCCCCCAGGCUCCGCUAUCUGCAGCCUGCUGCGAGCGCGUCGACCUCUGCGGUUGUGCCCAACGGCCAUUUAUCCAAUGACAGCGACGAUAGGGAGACCUUGGCUAGGAGAAUCACGGCUGAUGCCCAUUUGGGAGAGUACUCCUGCCAUUUUUCGACGCAUCUUACACGCGUCAGCAUCGCAUCUCCCUCCAGGAAUCGCGCGAUAUUCACGUUGCAGAGGCUGUUAUCCGGGGAGACGCUUGCUCUCAGCCUACGCGCCCGUCUAUUGUACGCCAACUUCAAGGUCAAGAGUAACACGGCCAAUCACACGCUACACGAACUCGAUUCCCAGCUAUCCGCAGCGGGCAAGCAUACCCCAAAUGGCAAGAGGGUAGCCAACCACUUCGCCGACCCAGGAAGCCCAUCUAGCAACGCAGGAGGCCAGUCCUCGCGUUCCGCCGCACGGAAAGGUUCGAUGGCCCCGCCACCGCCCGUCACCGCUUCCGCUGCGCAGAGCUUGUUCUCCUCUCUACUGGCGCCGCCGCCUUCGAAACGGGCGCGCACAAUUCAUAAUCCCGAAGACCCGCCCGUGCCGGCGCCAGAGAAAGUGGUCGAGCAGACACGUUCUCCUCGACCACCGAAGGUCGCGCGUACACCAGAUGCGCAUGCGAAGUCGAAGUCGAAGAGAGCCGCCAAGGAGACGGCGUCGGCCAAAGGCAAGGGCAAGGGCAAGCAGCGCGUCACGGCAGAGGGCAGCUUCGAGACGGUAACCAGCUCGGUGGAAGAUAGGGAGAUUGACAUGGAAGCCGCUGCAACACUCACGACCCUGCUGCUCAACCAGCAGCGACCAUCCGUGUCGGCGACGGCGGGGUCGCCGCGGUCGAGCAUAUCGGCCGGCUCCGACCCAGGAUCCACGCACUCGUUCACACAAUAUGCGCAAAGCGCGGCCAGGACGGCGGCAGGUGGGAGCACGCCAGUGCCUUCGUCUUCCCAACAGCCUCUGUUCUCUAGGGCGCCACGCUCUACGGCUACCCCGCCACAUUCUCCUGCCCUGUCCCAAGCUUCUCCGGCCUUGUCCCACGCAGUGGCACGUCGAGCAAGCACAACCCAAGGCAGCAGCUUACGUCCCGAAGGCGCUGGCACGCCGAAAAUGACACCCCGUGACCGCGUAGAGGACACGGAUGCGGCGGACCUGCUCCUUCAUAUGGCUACCUCUCCUUCUCCGGUCCGACCCUCCAGCCUUCGAAACCGCGACGCUCGCGACGCCGCUGCCUUCCGCACCCUCUACGGAGGUGGAUCUGGUCCGAAGGGUCGCGUCCUGUUCUCGUCGGCGAGUGAAGACGGCCGUUCACCGCGGACGUUAUCUCGGGAGAUGAGCGGUAGCUUCGCGUCUAUAUCCAGUACUGCGACGGAGCCGGUGUCCCCUCGCACCAUACCCGCUAGAGCGAACGCGUCCCAAGUGCCGUCGAGACUGUCGACCGUUCAUGAUGCGUCACAGUCGAGUAGUCAUGGCCAUCUAGGCAUCCCGAUGCUACCGACUGUCACGCCGCCCACACCGACCGACCAGGCACCCCCACACCUACUGCCCGCCGCGCUGGGUGCUAACCAGCGACCAGCUGUUCGAUCUCCUGGACACUCUUCUCAGCCGCCUUCGGAUAAGCCAGCCCCCCGCACGCCCAAUGCGUCAUUUAGCCUCAGCGAUUAUAUGAACGUCUCCCCUUCUCCAGCUGCCGCCAUGCUCCCGUCGUCGAGAACGCCUUCGGGCCUAUCCUCACAAGCCGGUCGACGGUUAUUCGAAGACCACCAUAAGGUCAACGGGAGCGCCGCCCCGCCACAAUUGUACUCCAAGCCACCGUCCUCGCCCACGCAACACGCUAGCCUGCAGAGUUGAGCGGCCAGUCUCUAUCCUUGGGUGACCUCUAUAGAGGGUCCUCGUAUAUAUUCGGUCUUCGCUUGUCCUCUAUCCUUGAUUGUAUCGGUCUGCUCAAUAACGCGGCGCCGUCGAAGAUAUCGGACGGAGUUGUGCCCAUCUUGUACUCAAGCCCGCUUGCAUCCUGUAGCCUCUCUGCCCAUCCCGUCAGCCUGUGAUCCCCAACAACGAUAAUGCUCUAUUCCGAACGACCACGCCCGAGUUGUGUCGCCUGUCCAUGUCCCCUCACCACCUUGGCGAUGCACGCCUCGGGGUCUUGGUCAAUAUCGACAACGACAACACACUCCUCAUGUGCUAUACACGCCCCGCCAUGUCUUUCUCUGUCGAUACGCAUGUUCCACACUCCCGCUUCAUGACC